UUCGUGGAAAAUAGGUAACUCGCGAGAAAAAUGGACGGGCACUCUGGAAUACUGACAGCGUUGUGACGUGCCUGGAAAGUGGAACGUUAUGCGACCAACUUCACGCCUCACGAGAUUGAAUUCCACGGGAAAGUGUUGUGAAGUCAUGGAGAAAGCAGGAAAACGCACUCAGGGAGAUGGUCAAGAGCACGAUGCGCCAUUAGAGGGGCAAAGUCACGCAAGAAAGACAGUGAAAGCACGCCAGCAAGCGAACCUUGGAGAGAGCCAGAAGAAAAAGGGGGCAGUUCCCAAGGAAUCACCCUUGGCUCCCGUGGGAAAGAUCUUCAAUCUUGUACCUCACUUGGUGCACAGUGCCAGCCGAUCGCCGGGCUUUGGUAGGAACAAAGAGCCUAGAUUUGUGCCGUUCGAGCCCUAUAAAGGAGCCGUGACACCGAUAAUCCCCUUCCGGAAGCAACCAGUCUUCCGUGGCAGAAGUCGGAACAACUUGGAUCUGGGUGUUCUGGUGUCCCAGUUGUCCGAUAUAAAAGCUUGUGAGCUGAUGCAGUUGCAAGGAAGUGGCGGAAUGCCAGAGGGUGGCUUAAGUGGGUGCAUGUCGGACUCCGAGGCAAAGAUUCAUGCCCUGGAGGUGCAAGUGAAAGAGCUGAAGAAGGAGAAAGAGUAUUUUGAAAGUCAACUGAAGUUCCAAGUUCAGGUGAAUUCGGAACUGAAGAAUCUCCUCGUAGCCGCCGUGGGAGAAGAUAUACAGACGAGGGUCAAUGUUCUCACAGAAGACAAGCUCCAAUUGGCCAGAGCUCUGCUGGAUUCCGCCAACAACAUCACAACGCACACGGAGCAAAUAGAGUAUUUGGCUGGGCAGAGCGAAGUGUGGCGGAGUAAAUUCCUCGCCAGCAGUCUCAUGGUGGAGGAACUGGCCAGAUGGAAGGCUAGUCUCACGCAGAAGAACCACCUGCUCGUGACAUCGAACAAACAACUUCUGGAAAUGACAGCGCGACAGGUGCGAGACAUGGCGAAGGACAUCCUCAGGAAUCUGAAGUUCUUGGCUCAAAUGCGAGAACUGAAACUACCCUCAUCGAACGCUGUGGACCUUCUGGCGGAGUGUCUCAACAUUUCGCAACAAUUGGUGCUUCACUCGGGCGUGGGCAUGCCCGAGGAUCUCAACCUAGACAACCUGGAGCCUAUGACAGAAGCGGAAAGCGCAGCAAUAAAAGCCCUCCAGAACUCCAAUCAACCUCUGAUGUCCACUGAUGAGGCCUUCAGGGCCAUCGUUGGACAAGCUUUCCCCUCCAUCCUCGCGAUGCGAAAGGAUUCCACGGCCGGGGAUGAAGCAAACGCCAAUGCUGGGCAGGAAGUCUCGCCAAAAUAACUGGAUUGGUCUU